AUGGACCGCGCUCGUGAGAGCUGGGAGUUUGAUUCUGGAGCUCGAGACUUACAGAGUCCAGACCUGCAGUCUCUGAGACAAGUGCAUCCUCCGCAGCAGAGCGCACCGUUACUCCAGAAACUUGUGGAUCAGCCCAGUGUUCUGGAGCCUUCGGCUGGACUUCACAAGCUCCUGUCCCAGCGUCCCUCCGGCCGCAGCGGGGCUCUGGGGGGGAGCUACCUGGAACUGGCCAAUACUUGUGAGCAGUCUCAUCUGCUGCGGGAGCAUGAGGAGGUUCAGGAGAGGACGACGCUGCGCUAUGAGGAGCGAAUCACAGAGCUGCACAGCAUCAUCGCCGAACUCAACAAGAAGAUAGACCUGCUGCAGGGAGCCACCAUCAGGGAGGAGGAGGAGUUUUCCGAGCUUCGCUCCGAUCUCAGUCACAGCCAGCAGGAAGUUAACGAGGACGACAGGAGCGUCGAUCAGGACCCUGACCAGGCGUCCAUCUCACUGCCUGAGAACCAGUCCACACUGGUCACUGCAGACAUGGAUAACUGCAGUGACCUGAACUCGGAGCUGCAGCGUGUAUUGACGGGGCUGGAGAGCGUCCUCUGCGGCCGUAAGAAGAGCACAUGCAGCCUGUCCGUGGCGGAGGUGGACAGACACAUUGAGCAGCUGACCACCGCCAGUGAACACUGCGAUCUGGCCAUCAAGACGGUGGAGGAGAUCGAGGGCGCUCUGGGCCGUGACUUCUACCCCAGUCUGUGUGAGGAGCGUGUGCGCUGGGAGAAGGAGCUGGCUGGACUCCGGGAGGAGAACGAGAGCCUGACGGCGAUGCUGUGCAGUAAAGAGGAGGAUCUCAACCGCACCAAAGCCACCAUGAAUGGCAUCCGAGAGGAGCGAGACCGCCUGCGCAGACGUGUGCGAGAGCUGCAGACGCGUCUCCAGAGCGUUCAGCCCGGCGCUCCGUCCAGUCCUGGGCGUCUGACGCCGGCGGGACGUCCCAUCAACCCCAGCACCGGAGAACUCAGCACCAGCAGCAGCAGCAACGACAUCCCCGUCGCCAAAGUGGCAGAGCGAGUGAAGCUGUCGAAAACACGCUCAGAAUCACUGCCAGCGGAGAGAUCCGUCCUCGGCUCCGAAAUCAGCAGCAUCGGGGUGUCCAGUAACGUGGCUGAACAUCUGGCUCAUUCCCUGCAGGACUGCUCCAACAUCCAGGAGAUCUUCCAGACGCUCUACUCACACGGAUCCGCCAUCUCCGAGAGCAAGAUCCGCGAGUUUGAGGUGGAGACGGAGAGACUCAACAGUCGUAUCGAGCACCUGAAGUCUCAGAACGAUCUGCUGACCAUCACGCUGGAGGAGUGUAAGAGUAACGCCGAGCGGAUGAGUAUGCUGGUGGGGAAAUACGAGUCCAACGCCACCGCGCUCAGACUGGCCCUGCAGUACAGUGAGCAGUGUAUCGAGGCGUAUGAGCUGCUGCUGGUGCUGGCUGAGAGUGAACAGGGUCUGGUUUUGGGUCAGUUCAGAGCCGCUGGAGUCAGUGCUGUGGGAGAGCAGGCGGGUGAAGAGAGCAUCACACAGAUCCUGAAGAAAGCUCACGACAGCAGAAAGACGGCAGAAAACGCCGCUAAAGACCUUCUGACGCGACUAGACGGCAGCUGCGGCGCUGCGUUUGCCGUUACCAGCUGCAGCGUUCAGCCCUGGGAGAGUCUCUCAUCCAACAGCCACACCAGCACCACCAGCUCCACGGCCAGCAGCUGUGACACUGAUUUCUCCAAAGAUGACGAGCAGCGUCUGAAGGACUACGUGCAGCAGCUGAAGAACGACCGGGCGGCUGUCAAGCUGACCAUGCUGGAGCUGGAGAGCGUCCACAUCGACCCGCUGAGCUACGACGUCAAACCCCGCGGAGACUCGCAGAGACUCGACCUGGAGAACGCCGUGCUCAUGCAGGAGCUCAUGGCCAUGAAGGAGGAGAUGGCGGAGCUGAAGGCUCAGCUGUAUCUGCUGGAGAAGGAGAAGAAAGCUCUGGAGCUGAAGCUGAGCACGCGGGAGGCUCAGGAACAGGCCUAUCUGGUGCACAUCGAGCAUCUGAAGUCUGAGGUGGAGGAACAUCAGGAACAGAGGCGGCGAUCGCUCAACUCCACCGGCAGCAGCGCUGGAGCCAAAGACAAGAGCGGGAAGGUACAGUCCAUGCAAUACAACAUACAGCAACAUACUGCCAGGUGUCUGUUCACAUAUCCAUAUGCACAUCUGUGGAUAUAUCAUUACCUGACCCAUCUGAAACCCUCACACUUGUCCUUUGAUCCACCUCUUACACCCGGCCAGCCGCUCCACGCUGAAGUUCCUCAUCCGCCUGAUAAGAGUGGUCAUGACCCGAGAGGACUUGACCUCAGGCUGUGUAUGAACUCGGGCUCAGCGGUGGAGGAUGGAGGACACGUCUGGCCUGUGCUCUUCAUCCGCACCGUGCCUCUUCCUUCCUGCCCGUCUCUAUCGGAGGAGUGGAGAGGUAAGAUCAUUCCUCCGCUGAGGAACAGUGAAAGUAAAGCUUCUGGAAACAAACGCUCCUUAAGAGAUCCUGAGAAUCAGAUUUGCGUGUGUGUGUGUGUGUGUUCCAGAGAAAAGAAGCUGAAGGGUCGUGUUCAGGAGUUGGUCGCGGCAUUAGAAAGACUCACUAAGAGCAGUGAAGUCCGACAUCAGCAGUCGGCGGAGUUCGUUAACGACCUUAAACGAGCCAACAGUAAUCUGGUGGCGGCGUACGAGAAAGCCAAGAAGAAGCACCAGAACAAGCUGAAGAAGCUGGAGUCUCAGAUGAUGGCGAUGGUGGAGCGGCACGAGACGCAGGUGCGGAUGCUGAAACAGCGCAUCGCUCUUCUGGAGGAGGAGACGUCUCGACCGCACACCAGCGAGACCUCGCUCUGAGCCCAGACUCACACUCUCUUACAGUAUUUCACUGCAGCAUCCUCCUCACUAAACCCUCUGGACGGCAAAAACGCUCGUCCUGUCAUCGCUCACAAACCGCAGGACUGUGUUCUUCUGAGGGAACACAAAAGAAGACGUUUCUCAGGAUGUUCACGCUGCUCUUUCAAGCUGCAAAAACCAUCAUAAAAACACGAAACGACGUUUAAUUCGUUUUUCCAAUUCUUAAUUAAGAGGUUCACCGUUUUUAUGCGUUUACUAGUUAAACCCGGUAAUCGUGAUGACAUGAACACACCAUAAAUCCUCACAAUUAUUCAUAAUCUCAGAAUGAAAUGACAUGAGAAAGUACAGCAGCACAGACUCACUGGCAGCUGGUUUUGUUCACUAAUUAUAUUUCAUAAUCGUACAGUGAAGAGAAAUAGAGUUUUGAGCAAUAAAUGAGAACGAGGUUUAAACUCAUCCUCAGUUGAACCGCCUCACAGGACUAGUUAAGCCUCAGAUGAAAAUUCUGUCAUCAUUUACUCGCUGUCUUAAUAGUCUGUAAGUUAUUAAUAUGAGUUAUUAAUUUGUUAAAACACCACUUAGACUAAAUGUAAUUGGCUGAUGAGAUGUUGAACAAUCGUUAUAAGAUCUGUAUAUUAUUUUAUUGGUAACACUUUACAAUAAAGUCUAACAUUCAUUAACUAUAAAGAACGAAAAAUGAACAUUAAUCUUUGCUAAUGUUAGUUAAUAAAAAUACAGUGGUUCAUUUUUCAUAU